AUGUGCAGCGUCUGUUCUCAUGGAAGGGCUCCGAGCAGCACGUACUGUUAUAUCUGUAACAAGCCGGACGGUGCGAUGCACUGCACGGAAGACGGGAUCUUCGUCCACCUCAUUUGCGUAUUCUACACUCCCGAGUUGUCUUUGAAUUUCACGGGUCCGGAAGUGCUGGUCGAGGGAAUCAACCGGAUUUCGCGCGAGCGCGCGCAGCUGGUGUGCUCGAUUUGUGGAGUGAAGGGAGGCGGGUGUGUGCAGUGCAGCAGUCGGCAUUGCUCGAUCGCGUAUCAUCCGUACUGUGCGCAGCAGGCGGGGUAUUUGCUGACAUCGGACGAGAAAGGAGGACAGUUUAUGUAUCUGAGUUACUGCAAGUCGCACACGCAGAAGAAGAACGAUCGGAAGCCGAAGAUGAAUGGAGGGAACACGACGACGUCGAAGAAGAAGCGAAGAGGUCCGAAUCGAAAACGACGAGCGAAAGAGCAGGAGCCAACGGGAUCGAUUCCGAAGGAGAUUUUGGAUAAAUUGAAGCCAGAAAAGGAAUCGGUGAUCUCAUCCGAUGUGUUCUGGUCGUUGAUCCAGUUCUACUAUGUCGUCAAGCCCAAUCUGCAGAACUUCGAAUCGUUCUUUAACUUCUUCUCUGCGGCCAUUCCCUUCCUGCGCCCCACAUCCACUCACUCUUCCUGGCUUUCCUCCCAGCUCAUCGCCUACGCCCAGCAAUUCCUAACCCCUUCAUUCUCCCUUCCAUCCGAAGUCAAACUCAACGCUCUGCGAGGCGACACCUCCUUCAUCAUUCCUUCUCUCGGCACGCAAAGCCACGCACCGCCCAUCUUCGAAGAAGAAGAACAGUUCUUCCGCGUUUCCUCCAGCAGUCACCGCGCCACCAACAGUUCUCUCCAGAAAACAAUGCAGUUCCAGGGAUUCGACAUCAACGACUUCGCCGAUCUGCGCGAAGCGCACGAUUGGUUUGUCGACGAGGAGUUCAUCGCCUGGGCAGCGAAGAACGGCGUGUGCUCCAACACGAUGUUUCGACGGGCGUAUCGCCAGGAUAUUCCGUGGCUGCUCAAAGUGAACACGAUCAACCCCACGUUCUCGAAAGAGCAGGACUAUUCUGGAACGUUCUACGAGAAGAACGAGUUCGUGAUUGUCGCGGAGCGGCGGAACGCGAAGGGGGAGCGAAUCCCCGUGGGCAUGGUGCACUACUAUUUGAUGUGGUACUACCCUUGUGUGGGGAAAGACCGAGACGCUGUGCGCGCUGUGUAUGUCUGCACAUUGCAGAAAGUCACACCGGAAACGCACGCGAAGUAUAUCGAGACGUACGGAGCGUCCGCUGAGCCGCUGACGGGAUCGGUGCUGCUGUCGCUGGCGUUUCUGCAUGGCCAGAAGUGUCAGAUGACGAUGGGAUGCUGCGACUCGACGGACAAUUCGGUGUCGUUCUACACGUCGCAGGAAGCAUUACACGCCGAUGCAGAUCAGUCUGGUCGAUUUCGAUGCGAAGAACAUUCUGUUGCAGCAUAUGAGUUCGUCCUAUCGAGGCACUCUGCUUUGUACUUUAGCGUCCAACUCGGAUUCACAGAGUUCGAAUUCAAAUCAGAUGAAAGGAACGCUUCAUUUGCAGAUUAG